AAGAGUAGAGAGGUUUUUACUCUUUGAUUAAAUCAUUAAUUAGUGUUUCUUUUUUUCAAUUAUUGUUUUCAAGCUUCAUUUUACUAAUCAUAGUUAAUUAAUCCAUUUCUUUCACUUUUCUUGUUUAGCUUUUCAGUUCAAAUAUAAAGUGUUUUAAUUGUGUUGUGUUGUGUUGUUUGUCUAAUUAUUUGCUACUAAGGUCAACUCAGUUGACCUGAAGGUUAUAAGUGUCAAUUUUGUCUCGUUUUUGAAUGAAAUUCAGAGCCAAAGUGCAACUGGAUUCACCAGACCAUUGGAUUGGAUCAACUGAUUGUCAACUAAUGCCUAUUUAAUCGGGUGAAUUCAGUACCACUAUGAAAUGAAUAUCGAGUUAAUCAAUUACUGACCAACCCUUUUUGAAGAUACUAUGAAAUCUAUCAUUUCUUUUGUGUUGUUUUUUGCUGCUUAUUUCAUCUUACCAUCAUCAAGAUUUAUCAUUUAAUGAUAAUGCUCAUGAUGAAGGGAAAAAAAGAUGCUGAUCAUUGGGAGAAUGCAGAUAAUGAUGAUGAGUGGGAAAAAAGUGAGAAAAGUUUAUGAGAAAUUGAUUCCAUGAAUGAAUCCAUUUGUAAAAUUGCGAUGAAAUAUCUUUCAGAACUUUUCAAAUGAAACUUAUUCUCAUAAAUGAAAAUGUUUUCACCAUCAUGUUACCAUGCACUUUGUACUUUCUCUUUUCAAUCAUCAGAUGAGAAGAAUCAUCAUCUCCAUCAUCAUCAUUCUUCAAUUUAAUCCAAAGGAUUGACUGGACAAUAAAAGUAAACUGGUUAAUAUUCAUACGAAGAAGUAGAGAAAAAAAAAUAAAACUAAACAAUAAUACUGGACAAUAGGAGUUGGUCAACAUAUAAUCUAUUACUGUCUGACCCAAAUUUCUGCCAGGCUGAUUAUCAUUAACAAUAUGAAUAUAAAUAACCUGAUAACAAUUGAACCUUAUAUUAUCAUACUCAUCAUAGUAAAAGUUUCACCAGGUUAUAGUGAAUUCACUGCCGCUGCUGGAACCACAAUAAGCCUUCCCUGUAACACUUCAAUCUGGGGUGAAGAAUUGAUAUCAUUAGUGCUUUGGUAUAAAGAGACCAGUGGUUCGGGUUUACCGAUCUACUCGGUUGAUGCUCGAAAUAGUCCUUUAAGUGAAUCUAAACAUUCAGUUCCCAAUUCAUAUAAGAAGAGACUUUUUUUCGAUGUUAAAUUAAAACCUCCAGUUUUAAGGAUAAGUCCAGUUCUUGAAGAUGAUGCUGGUGAUUAUCGGUGUCGAGUUGAUUACAGAAAAUCAAGGACGAAAAAUUUUGUCACCAAAUUAGAUGUGAUAGCUCCACCAAAGGAGAUGAUCAUAACUGACCAAGCGGGCCAACGUUUAAUUGGUACAAUUGGUCCAUAUGAUGAAGGAAGUGACCUUAAGUUAACAUGCGAAGCCGAAGGAGGUAAUCCAUUGCCCAAUAUUACCUGGUGGAAUGGUGAAAGUUUACUCGAUGAUACCUUCGGCCUUGCUCCUCAUAAUAAUAUGAAAAAUGAAAUAAUUAUAACCAAUUUAAGUCGAAACCAUUUUUUACUCGAAUUAACUUGUAAAGCCUCAAAUACUAACUUAACCGUCCCAAUUGAAAGCUCAAUUAUUUUAGAUAUAAAUCUUAAACCAUUAGAUGUUAAAAUUUCUUCCACUGUGAAUACUUUGUCCGUUGGUAAACGGACUGAGUUACAAUGUCUUUCAAGUGGAUCUCGUCCACCGGCUAAAAUAGCUUGGUGGAAAGGUAAUGAAAAGAUGACCAAUGUCCGUGAUACCAUUUCCUCUGAUGGUAAUGUUACACUGUCCACGGUUUCAUUUAUACCCAUUGUUGAAGAUAACGGUAAAUAUUUAUUCUGUCGAGCCGAUAAUCCAUCAAUUGGUUUUAGCGGACUGGAAGAUGGUCGAACCUUAAAUGUCCAAUUUAUCCCACAAUUGUCCAUAUCAUUGGGAGCCAAGAUACAAUAUAAUUCUGUCCGUGAAGGUAAUGAUGUUUACCUUGAGUGUAAGGUUAUAGCCAAUCCAUGGAUUACAGGGGUUACCUGGUACUUUGAAGAAGAGCCUUUGAUUAGUAAACCCAAUGAAGGAAUCAUAGUGACCAAUCAAUCAUUGGUAUUGCAAAAGGUUAGACGCAGUCAAGCUGGACGCUAUUUUUGCACGGCGUCAAAUAGUGCUGGACAAGGUCAUUCUGAGGAUUUCUAUCUCAAGAUUAACUUUGCACCGGUUUGUAAGCCGGGGCAGAAAAUAAUCUAUGGUGUGGCUCGGAAUGAGAUUGUCCAGAUUACUUGUGAAGUUGAAGCUGAGCCAAGUAAUGUUAACUUUAAAUGGUCACUUAAUGCAUCCAAUGAAAAUGUUGACAUUCGUUCAUUUAUCACAAAUGGAUCGGUCAGCAUUGCUACCUACCGUCCAAGAAACCGUUUUGCCUACGGGGCUUUAGCUUGUUGGGCAGUUAAUGACAUCGGAGUCCAACGAGAUCCUUGUAUAUUUAAUAUCAUUCCCACAGGACCACCGGAAGCAGUUCGAAAAUGUCAGAUAACAAACCAAUCGACAACCUCUUUAAACGUUGAAUGUAUUCCCGGUGAUAGCGGUGGCCUUAAGCAAGAAUUUACCGUUGAGGUCUACAAUUCUCUCCGGCAAAGUCUUCACUCUAAUUAUACCUCAACGACGAAACCUGCCUUCCAUAUACCUAAUCUACUUUCGGGAACACCGUUUACAUUGGUUCUUUAUUCAUCUAAUGCUAAGGGGCGAAGUCAUUCAGUUUCAAUUCCAGGAAGUACUCUCGGUGAGCCAGAAAAACAUACAGGAGCUAUUCCUCAAUUUGGUUUCAAUCCAAUGCUGGGAAUCUUAAUUGGUACAGUUGGUGCACUAGUUUUGAUUGCAAUUAUAAUUGUUAUCGUUAUCCGAGUGAAAGCAGAUUAUUAUGAAGAUGAUAGAGAUGAUGGAUCUAAAGAAAUGGAUUCACAGCAGAGGACAAAUACCCCCAAAUCUAAACCAUUUCUAUGUGAUGGUUUAACCUCUGGUGCCACUACGAACGAGAUUGAAUCAGAUUAUAUCAAACAAGGUGAUCCAUUGAAAUCUAAAGAUGAUAUUUCUGGGUUUGAUUUUGGAUGCAGUGGAUAUGAUAGAGUAACAAUCUGCCUGAAUCAGGAGCAUAGAGGAACCACCGAGUGCCCUGGAAUCUGUGACUCAAAUUGUCCCUCAACACGAUAUCAUUGUUACCUUCCAACAAUGGGCUACAAUAAUCAAUCACAAGAGAUAACGUAUUCAGAUCUUCAAAUGUCAACUACCAUAAAUGACCAACAAGUUAACCGGAUGUUGAUUCAAAGUAUUCAGAAUGGAGCUGCUCCCAUCGAUUACACAGCUCUUAACUUUCAGGAAAUGGCAAAACAAAGUUCUGCAAAUAUGAAUAUUGGAGGAGGUGAUGUUGAAAUGAUGAACAACAAUGGAUCAGGGAUGAUGGUUGGUUUAAUAAGUGAAACCAAACUACCCAAACGAGGUCUAAGUAUUGCCGAUGGAGCAUCAGAUGUUGAGAUGACCAUGGAAACUUCAACAUUAAAUUCAAAUACAAUUUUGUCUUCACCUUACAAAGAGAUUGAUAAUAACCAUACAAGAAAACAACCAAUAGUCUCAUUGGGACCUAACGAGGAGGAUAAAUCUGGACCAGUUUAUGUCUAAGCCAUUUCACAAGAAAUCAGAAUUAUCGCUUUUCCAAUUUAUCUGUGAUGUUUUUGAAAAGUUCGCAAUCUGUGAUCAAUAUUCUUACUUGAAAAAUUGGGAUAGAAUUAAAAUUCGCUUCGAAAAGUUAAUUUUUUUUAAAUAAAAGACUAAAUCAUUUUGUAUUUUAAUUAAAUUUAUACUAAAUUAAAAGAAAUUUUCAUUUA